AUGAUUCAAGGUUAUUCUAGUGAGUUGGUACAUUGAGACCACCUGCUUUUCCCCUUUUCCGCAGGAGAUAAAAUCAUAUAGUGAAUAGAACCAGAAUGUCCACCUCAUCCUCGCAAAACAAAAUGGAGUUACAAUAAAGAUACAGCCAUGCGCUGGAAUUCGCCUCCUUUUCAAUAUCACCGAAGGCAACGACAAUCCGGCAUCCGACCUUCGCCUUAGGAUGACACCUUCAUUGGAACCCUCGGUCAAUGGAAACUCUCUACAAGGAGAAUAUGGCGGCACAGAUCCUCCUGCAGGUACAGUUCUCACAAAAUACGCUGUGCUGAAGAAAGAGCUAGACGAAGUCACGAACUGGAGUAAAUCAUCAGAUGGCAACUUUUCCAAAGGUUGUACGAUGUACAAUGGACAAACUUCUUGACCCGAGAAGAGGCCCGUGCCGCAGGUCUUCCUGAUAGCGUUUAUUUGACGCCAGGGAUCUAUUCUCUUGUCAAAUGGAAAUCUGUCAAACCGAUAUGUUUUCGUUUUGAAGCAACCUCUUCAUAUUGCGAUCUGAUUGAUAAGUCAAACAAACUUUCGGUUGAGGAGAAGGCCAUUGCCAAAGAUGCAAUCAAAGCAUUCGCAAACAUGAAGAAAAAUCGCAAGAAAACAGACCUCUGCGCAUACGACAAGGACGAACAGGGCAAUCCCAAUACAAGGUCAAGGAGGUGUUCCCAUUUGAAUCCGUACGUCAAGACGAAUUAG